CCAGUCUUCCCCUUCAUGUUUGAACCCUAAUCCCUAAUUUCCUAACCAGUGACAACAGUAACGAACGUUUCUAAUUCACAAUCUUGCAUCUUUCACAAACAUCGAUAGAAAUUAUAAUUAGAAAAUGAAGGCGUUAGGAUGGUGGCUGUUAGCAGUUGGCACUCUCCGACUUGCCUCUGUUUGGUUCGGUUUCUUCAACAUUUGGGCUCUCCACCUCGGCGUCUUCUCCAAUACCACCACAAUGUAGAGAGGGGGAUGAAGAAAACUUACCAGGAUGCCGAAUUGGAAUGAAAUUAAUUGUACUUGCCAUUCUUCUAAAGCUUGGUUGAGUGUCUUUACUAGGCGCAAUGACAAUGUGACUGAAGUUCAUGGACGCACAUUUGGAACUUGGACAUUGUUGACCUGCACACUUUGCUAUAUCUGUGCAUUCAACCUUGACAAUAAGCCCAUUUACCUGGCUACUUUCUUAUCAUUUAUCUAUGCUCUUGGUCACUUUGUGACUGAAUACUUUAUUUAUCAAACAAUGCAGAUUCAAAAUCUGUCUGCUGUUGCCUUUUUUGCAGGAACAUCGAUUAUGUGGAUGCUAUUGCAAUGGAAUUCGCAUGGGAGAGUCCACUUGAAGCAUUCUUAGAAAGGAUUAGUGAGCAAAGAGACAAGUCAAGUGAGAUCAUGUGAUUUUUAAGGUUGUUUUGAAUUCUUUGAUGUAUUGUUAGUUAUGAGCAGUAAAGGUAGUUUCACAAUUACUGCUGCUCUCAACAAAAUGCAUCAUAAAUUAAUUGAAAGAGUUUAUUUACUUUGAAAAGACUUGAGAAUGACACAAAUAAAUCAGGCAAAUCCUCUAUUCAAUGAUUUUAAUCUUCCAACCCAA